AUGAGUGAUAUUGAGAAAAAAAUGACAGACGAGAAGGUCGAGCCAGUUGCCUCGAUCACAGAGGCCGAUAUCGGGACGAACAACCUGAUCACGACGAUUACCUCGGUUCAUGGACGUGAGGUCCAAGUCACUGGUGACGUUGACGAAGCCAUGAGACUUGCACUGAAGUCCAAGGGUAUGGUGAUAGAUGCCGCUACCAAUAAAAGAAUCCUGAGGAAAAUUGACAUGUACAUGCUUCCCUUGUGUUGUUUCCUUUAUGCAUGUCAGUUCAUGGACAAAACCUCCAACUCGCUGGCGUCGAUUAUGGGUCUGCGUACCGACCUUAACAUGGUGGGCGACCAGUACUCUUGGACGGGUACUGCAUUCUACCUGGGCUACCUGUUUUUCGAGUUCAUUGCAUCUUUCAUCCUUCAGAGGUUUCCUUUGGCCAAGACCACCUCCAUUUUCAUCGUCUUCUGGGGUAUCAUUCUGUGUCUGCAUGCCACUCCAAACUAUGCCGGUUUCGUCUUUUUGCGUACCGUCCUCGGAAUGGCUGAGAGUUCCGUCACCCCCGCCAUGGUGAUGAUUACUUCACAAUGGUGGAAGAAAGACGAGAACUUUUUGAGAACCGCUUUCUGGUUUGCUUCCAACGGAUUUGGUACUAUCAUGGGUAGUUCUAUUGCAUAUGGUCUAGCCAAACACGCCGACUCGUACAGCAUCGCUCCGUGGAAGAUAUUGUUCGUUGUUGUCGGAUUGAUGACCAUUUGUGUUGGAAUUAUCUUUUGGUUCCACAUUCCAAACACACCAGCCGAGGCAUGGUUUUUGACCGAGGAGGAGAAGUUGUUGGUAGUCGAGAGAAUUAGAAGCAACCAACAGGGUUUCGGUAACAAGCACUUCAAGAAGUCUCAAUUUAUUGAGGCUCUUAGAGACUACAGAACUUGGCUUUUCUUUGUUUUCGCUCUGGCCCAGGAUAUCCCCAACGGAUCCUUGACUAACUUUGGCUCUAUCUUGAUGAAUGAGGAUUUCGGUUAUACUACUCUUGAAUCGCUGAAGAUGGGUAUGAUUCCAGGAGCGAUAGAGCUUGUGGGAUGCAUCGCGUGUGCGGCUUGUGUUGGAUUUGUCAAGCACAGAUUGGGUGUUUCCUUGUUUGUGUGUGCUUUCAACGUUGCUUGCUCGUGUAUGCUUGCGUUUGCCAAGGACAACAAGCAGGCGAGACUGACGGGUUACUUCCUGCUGACUCUCCAGCCAGUUGGUUUCUUCUGUAUACUCUCUUCGUUUGCAGCGAACACUGCAGGACACACCAAGAAGGUCACUGUGAAUGCCAUCUACCUUAUCGGUUACUGUGUGGGUAAUUUGAUUGGUCCGCAGACUUUCAUAGCGAGCCAAGCUCCUUCAUACAGCGGCGGUAAGAUUGCAAUGGUUGUUGGAUACGCUGUGUCUUUUGUUCUGUUGAUCGCCAUCUACGCUUCUUACUACUACGACAACAAGGCAAGAGACCAGGCUGAACUUGAGAGAGGCGGACCUGCUCAGUUGAUAGAGAAUGCUGAGUUCGCAGAUUUGACCGACUUCGAGAACCCCAACUUCAGAUACUCUCUGUGA